CACGACACGACACGACACGACACGACACGAUAAACACCCCACCAUCUUUCCACCGGGCUUGAAAUACUAUACAUCAUGCAGGCAGCGAGACGAGGUGUUGCCACGACAAUUGUCCACGGAUUGCGGGGGCCUUCCGUCAGGCCGGCGGCGUUACGUAUCGGCGGAAAUCAGCGGAUACAACUACAGCUUUCGGGAGAGCGGGCGAGGCCAUAUUCGCUGCUGGUUGACAGACGAGCGGGUGCUGGGGUAGCUCAGGUUUCGCAACUGCAGCUGCGCAGCGAGUUCUCAACGCUGGGGCAAUGGAGGAACAAGGACGCUAAACCAUCAAUCCCGGAGGAGGCGGAGAAAAAGGUAGACGAGGAGGCAAAGGCUGAGGAGAAGCCUGAGAACGAGGAGAAGAAGGCGGAUGAAGAUGACAACAAGAAGGGCCAGGAGGAGAAGAAGAAGGAGGAGCCCCCGCCACCACCACCCCCGCACGGUGACAAGUCCCCGUUGGCCGUCUUCAUGGAGACACUCCAGACCGAGUUCAAGAAGUCACAGGAGUGGCAGGAGUCCACCAAGCAGCUCGCCUCCACUGCGAAUCAGUUCACCGAAUCCCCGGCCGUCCGAAAGGCGCGUGAAGGCUACUCGAAGACCGCCGAGGUCGCCGGAAAGGUCGGAGGAAAGACGGCAGAGACUCUCGGAAAGACAGCAUCUGCAGUCGGAAAGGGUGUCGAAUGGACCUGGAACACGCCGGUCGUCAAGGCUGGACGAACAGCGGUGAAGAAGACGGGAGAGGGUGUUGCCCAGGUCACCAAACCUGUUCGGGAUACGAAGGUGUACAAAGACGUGACGAGCAACAUCAAGGAGGUCGUCGAUGACGGCGCUAGCAGUCGGUAUGGUGGUUUCUUGGAGCGUGAGGAGCGCAAGAAGCAGCGUGAGCUGCGGGAGAUGAAGAACCCCCACAAGUAUGAGAAGUUUGACGAAGAUCCUGAAGCUGGCACCAACGUAACACUCCACAAAGACGCCCAAUGGAAAGAAUCCUGGCGCGAGUUCCGCGACUCCAAUAAGUUCAUCCAAGGAAUCUUCAGCGCACGCAAGAACCUGGAGGAAUCAGAGAACCCAUUUAUCGAGGCUGGCCGCAGCAUUGCCGACCGUUUCGCCGGUUUUUUCGCCGAGAACGAAACUGCCAUGGUCAUCCGCAAGAUGCGUGAGAUUGACCCCAACUUCCAGCUCGAGCCUUUCCUGCGUGAGCUCCGAGAGUAUAUCCUCCCGGAGGUCCUCGACGCAUACGUAAAGGGCGACACCGAGACCCUUAAGGCGUGGCUCUCGGAUGCUCAGUUCAAUGUCUACGCUGCGCUGAACAAACAAUACGCCACUAACGGACUGAUGUUGGAUGGAAAGAUUCUCGAUGUCAGAGGUGUCGACGUUCUCCAAGCCCGCAUCCUGGACCCUGGUGACAUCCCUGUGUUCAUCAUCACCUGUAAGACGAACGAAGUGCAUGUGUACCGGGACCUGAAGACGAAGGAGCUCAAGGCCGGGGUCGAGGACAAGGUGCAGCAGGUCACAUACGCCAUCGGAAUCACACGUCUGGCAGACGAGGUUGCAAACCCCGAAACGAAUGGCUGGCGGUUGAUCGAGUUGCACAAGAGUGCUAGGGACUUCUACUAAAUAAUUCCCUUUUCCUGCUUGUCGUGUUGCUUGUUGAUUUUCGUCGGGUGCUAUGUGCUACGGUUGCGAUUUGGGCGUUUGAUGAGUGCAUGUGUGGUUACUCCCCUCUGGUUUCUUUCCUAGAUUUUUGAGAUGUAUUCCGAUGUGCUGACACGGUUGUAAAUACUUCUUUUCUCCCCUUUUUUUUUACCUUCUCUGGUGCGUAAGCAAGUACCUACUGUAUAGUGAAGGGGGUGUGUAAAAUAGUGAUAGAGUCCCGUCAGGAUAUGAUAGCAAUGCCAUGCAGGUGGGUUGACGUGAU